AUGAUAAUAUAACAUUCUUCACGUUUGGAAGGAAAACAUAUAAAGAAUAGUAGAAGUGCUUAAAGAGUUACCCCUUCUCAUAAUUUAUAUACUGAAUCUUCUUAUAUAUCAUAAAUCUUAGCUCAUUAGUAAAAAAUAAAUGAUAUUCCAAACUCCAAUAAGAGAUUAUUAAAUAAUAUUAGUCCAUUAAGUGUUUAUUAUAAGGAAGGUAAAAUUCUAUAAAAGCACUAUAUGCAAAAUAAAUAUUCUUAAUUAUUAGAAGGAAAUCAUGUGCAAAGAGCUGGAUGGAAAAAAUAUUUAUUAGAUGGAUUUAAAGAGAAGAUUGAAAAUAUCUUAAAUUAACAUAAGAAAAGUUCAAAGUUAUUUAAAAUCAAAAGACAAUAUUUUACUAGAAGUGUUGCUUUAUAACCAACAGUUAUUUAAGAUGAUUAUUUAACAGUUGAUGCUAUGAUUAAGAAACAAGAUCCUUCUUAUGAUAUAGAAGCAGUUUAAGAUAGUUUAAUUUAAUAACAUAAACAAUAUUUAACAAAUUAGAAAAAUACAGAUUAUGAUGAGAAGUAUGAAAAAUAAUAAUAUUGAGAUUAUAAAACUUAGUAAAGUAAUUUGAAAUAAUAGUAGAUAGAAUAGAGAAAGAAGCAUUCAAAAUCAAAAUACCUACAAAUUUCUCAACUGCUAUGCAAAAUUAUAAUGACUUUUAUAAUGUUUCAUUAGAUUCUAAAAAUAAAUACAAAAAUCUUAAAGUUAUUGAUUUUAGUAAAUUUGAAAUAAAAUCAAGAUUAAAACAAUCAUAUGCAUUAAAUUUUUGGGAUAAAGAACAUAUUGAUGAGGAAAUUGAAUAAUAAAUAUAAACCUGUAGAGUAUCUACUUAAAGAGAAUAUAAAGAAGAAUUACUGGAAGAGAUUAAAUAAUAUCAGUCAAUUUAACUUGUUCAAUCAAUUAUAGAAAUAUCAUAAGAACCAAUAGAACCAGAAUAAUUAAAAGAAGAAUAAAUUUAAACUGAAAUAAUUGAAGAACCUAUUUAAAUUAAAAUGAAAUCAAAAGAUGAAAAAAAAGUGAAAAAAAAAAAUGUUAGAUGUAAAUAUAAAAAAAAAAAGAGUAUAGAGAAUAAUAAACUUUCAGAAAUUAAUUAAAAUAGAAUCAAUGAAAAAAAUAACUUAUUAGAAAAUGCUUAAAAUGAACAAUUAACUAGUUAAAAGAAAUUUGAUCAUAAAUUUGUUGAUUACAUGUUAUCAUUAGAUGAUGUUCACGAGGCCAACCUUUCUUAAUUCAUGGAAAAACAAGUUGCAGAAUAUGAUUCAUAUAUAUUUUGUGAUCCUGAUGAAGAGAUUGUUUAUAAACAUGAAGUAGAUUGGAUUUUUUAAUUAGAUUAUUAGUUAAAAUAUUUGCUGAAUUGA